AUGGGAGCAACAGAAAUCCGAACGAUGACCUUUCAAUACACGGAUAUCGGUGAAGCAGCGUCUAGAGGUCAACAAAAAAGGUUAAUACUUGGACAUGACGAUCGUUCAAUCUAUAAUGUAAAUGUAAAUUACGAUUUGAAAAACUUGCCAUCACCGACCCAGAAAAAGUCAAAAAGACCCAUGGGUAUGUGUGUUUGUCGAUUUAUUUUUUUUUCUACCUACAAAUAUAACGACUGUCCGCAAAUAUGCAUGCGUGGCUGGUAUGUGACACAAACUGCGACACGAGUGAAUGAUCUAACUGAACUUGGGGAUAAAGGAAAAGAGCGAAAAGUGUUAUCAGGCGAGAACAAUGAAAAUUUUCUAGAAACUAGUGGGUGA